CUCUUGCAAUUCAUCAACGAACACACACAGGAGAAAAGCCCCAUCAGUGUUCUCAGUGUGGAAAGGCUUUUAGUCAAAUGGGUGAACUGAAGAGACACCAGAUGAUCCACACUGGAGAAAAGCCAUAUCAGUGUACUACAUGUGGAAAGGGUUUCAGGAGUAGCAAUAAACUUAGAAUCCACCAGAUGACACAUACUGGAGAAAAGCCACAUCAGUGUUCUCAGUGUGGAAAGACUUUUAGUCAAAUGGGUAGUCUCAAGAAACACCAGAUGAUCCACACUGGGGAAAAGCCAUAUCAGUGUACUACAUGUGGAAAGGGUUUCAGGAGAAGCAAUACACUUAGAAUCCACCAGAUGACACAUACUGGAGAAAAGCCAUACCAUUGUUCUCAGUGUGGAAAGACUUUUAGUCAAAUGGGUAGUCUCAAGAAACACCAGAGGGUCCAUAGUGGAGAAAAGUCAUAUCAUUGUUCUCAGUGUGGAAAGACUUUUACUCAAAUGGGUAGUCUCAAGAAACACCAGAUGAUUCACACUGGGGAAAAGCCAUACCAUUGUUCUCAGUGUGGGAAGGGUUUCAAAAGUAGCAGUGAACUUACCAUCCACCAGAUGGCACAUACUGGGGGGAAACCAUAUCAUUGUUCUCAGUGUGGAAAGACUUUUCGUCAAAUGGGUACUCUCAAGAUACACCAGAGGAUCCACACUGGGGAAAAGCCACAUCAUUGUUCUCAGUGUGGAAAGUCUUUUAGUAAAAUGUCUCAUCUCAAGACACACCUGAUGAUCCACACUGGGGAAAAGCCAUAUCAGUGUACUACAUGUGGGAAGGGUUUCAAAAGUAGCAGUGCACUUACCAUCCACCAGAUGACACAUACUGGGGAAAAGCCACACCAGUGUUCUCAGUGUGGAAAGACUUUUAGUCAAAUGGGUAGUCUCAAGACACACCUGAUGAUCCACACUGGGGAAAAGCCACACCAGUGUUUUCAGUGUGGAAAGACCUUUACUCAAAUGGGUAGUCUCAAGGCACACCUGAUGAUCCACACUGGGGAAAAGCCAUAUCAGUGUACUACAUGUGGAAAGGGUUUCAGGAGUAGCAGUGAAUUUACCAUCCACCAGAUGACACAUACUGGGGAAAAGCCACAUCAGUGUUCUCAGUGUGGAAAGACCUUUACCCAUUUGACUAGUCUCAUCAGACACCAGAGGAUCCAUACUGGGGAAAAGCCAAAUCAAAAAUGAUUUGAGUGUUUUUUCAAGUAUGUACAGUAUAUGUGGGGUGGGGGGGAUUUGUGUUUUGGUGUGUACAACAUGUAGUUGACAAGCAGCAGUUAGCGCUUGUCCUCUUCAUUAUUUACAUGCUACCCCUCGGUCAUGUCAUCAGCAGACAUGGGAUGUCUUUCCACUGUUAUGCUAACGACACACAG